UGGGAUACGACAAAGAUGACGAGACGCCAUUCGCAAGCCGCACUCCAUGCCUUGCCUCCGUCUUCCCGUCCCGAUCGCCGGAACCGGCGCUGGCGUCUCCUCCUCCUCCUCCUUCAUUUUCUCUUUUCCAAAUCUCUUCAGUUUUGUCGACUCUAGAAGACAUCUCCGCUUUCCUGCCAUCGCUGCCAAAGCUAGACCAAAUAAGCGGGACAAACCCCUCCAAAAACCCUUGGAGGUUGCAGGCUUCGAAGAGGAGACGAUAGAGGUAGAUGAAACAGAAGGACGAGGAGAGGAAGUGGAUACAGAGGCAGAGGCAAUGAAGAGGACUAUGGUAGAGAUCCAGAGCUGGCGGAGAUCCUCGGAAGCUGCUUCGAUGACCCCAAGAAGGGCCAAUCUCGAGUUGAGGAGAGAAUAAGAAGGAAGAGACACAAGAUUUUGCAUGCCAAAACUGGGUCUGCUAAACCAAUGAAGAUCAUCUUCAACAAGUGAGUGAAUGUCAAUGGCUUUGGCACUGGAUAAUCACAUUUAAUAACACUUUCGUGCAGGAUUCUUGGGAACUCCUACCUUGUGAUAUCGAUUUUUUUUUUUUUUUUUGUGAAAUACUUGCAAUAUUUAUCGGGUUAGGUUGAGGGCAUGAGCCAUAGAUGUGCACAGGUAUUGAUUCUAGCUAAUUUAUACUGAACAUAUGCUAUUACUAGUAUAGUGUAACUGCUCCAUCAUCAAUCAACAGCAUGAGUUAUUGCUGCUUUAGUGCAAAAAUUACCACACAUUGCAGCAUUAGGGAUAUAUACCUCAGCAUGGAUAGAGCAUCUUGACAUGGUAUGGAUGCGCUUAAAGAUGGCCACUAGAAUCUAUUAACGAUAAAUUAGCUCAAAUGAAGUCGAAAGCAUGAGUGAGAGAAGGAUACUGAACAAUGUUCUAUUAACAGCACAUAAAAGUAAUUUGAAAGAUCUAUAUGUUAUUGGUAAUAUGUUCUUAUAUUAAGUGACACCAGAUAUAAUUCAUAUAGCCAAUCCCAAAUAGUGUGAUUCAUGGCUUUUUGUUAUGUAUAUGUCAGCAAGUUAUUUAGCUUAAAACUAAUAUACAGAUCCAAAAGUUUUGAAUGGAACUGAAAUUUAUAGAUUUUGUAAAGUACUUUAUCUAAGCAGGUGCUUCAUUAUGCCUUAUGUUUCUCCUCCGAUUUCUCAUAAGAUGAUUUAAUUCCUUCUCAUUUUUUUGAUUCCGUGAAACAGUUCUAACUUCUAUAAGUUGAUAUG